GGCCACCUACUGUUCACAGCCUCUCCGGGCCUUCAGUUUCGCGACUCCUGGAGGCAGCCGCUGUGGCAGCCUCAGCCCCGACUGGCUGGUCGGCACCAUGGCCACCUGCUGGCAGGGCCUAUGGGCCUAUCGUUUCUACUUGAUUGCACUAUGUCUGCCCAUUUUCCUGUUGCCUCUGCCAAUCAUUGUCCAAACGAAGGAAGCCUACUGUGCUUACUCCAUCAUCCUCAUGGCACUGCUGUGGUGUACCGAGGCCCUGCCCCUGGCUGUCACCGCCCUAUUCCCCAUCAUCCUCUUCCCCCUGAUGGGUAUCAUGGACGCCUCUGAGGUCUGCGUAGAGUACUUCAAGGACACCAACAUACUGUUCUUUGGGGGGCUGAUGGUGGCCAUCGCCGUGGAACAUUGGAACCUGCACAAACGCAUCGCCCUCCGAGUGCUCCUUAUCAUUGGAGUGCGGCCUGCCCUGCUGCUUCUGGGCUUCAUGCUGGUCACGGCCUUCCUCUCCAUGUGGAUUAGCAACACGGCCACCACAGCCAUGAUGUUGCCCAUCGGGCAUGCGGUUCUGGAGCAGCUUCAGGGCUCGCAGAAGGACGUGGAGGAGGGCACUGACAACCCUGCCUUUGAGCUCCAGGAAGCAAGUCCCCAGAAGGAGGUGACCAAACUUGAUAAUGGACAGGCUGUAUCUGCCUCUUCGGAGUCAAGAGCGCAGAAGACCCAGGACCAUCUCCGCUUCAGCCAGGGCCUGAGCCUCUGCAUUUGUUACUCGGCCAGCAUCGGGGGCAUCGCCACCCUGACGGGCACCACGCCUAACCUGGUGCUCCAAGGCCAGGUCAACUCGCUCUUCCCCCAAAAUGGCAACGUGGUGAACUUCGCGUCCUGGUUUGGUUUUGCCUUCCCCACCAUGAUCAUCUUGCUGCUGUUGGCUUGGAUAUGGCUGCAGGUCCUCUUCCUGGGCUUCAACUUCCGGAAGAACUUUGGCUUUGGGGAAGGGGAGGAAGAGCGAAAGCAAGCAGCCUUCCAGGUCAUCAAGACCCAGCACAAGCUGCUGGGCCCCAUGAGCUUUGCAGAAAUCACCGUCACUGUCCUCUUUAUUAUUCUGGUGGUGCUCUGGUUCACCAGAGAGCCAGGCUUCUUCCCAGGCUGGGGUGACACGCUUUUCGCCAACGAAAAUGGGCAAAGCAUGGCAUCCGAUGGGACAGUGGCCAUCUUCAUCAGCCUGAUUAUGUUCAUCAUGCCCUCCAAGAUUCCAGGACUGAUCCAGGACCCAAAAAAACCAGGGAAGCUGAAGGCUCCUCCUGCCAUCCUCACCUGGAAGACAGUGAACGAUAAGAUGCCCUGGAAUAUCGUGAUCUUGCUGGGUGGGGGCUUCGCCCUGGCCAAAGGCAGUGAGAGAUCAGGUCUGUCUGAGUGGCUGGGAGACAAACUGACCCCGCUGGAGAGCAUACCGCCGGCAGCCACAGCGGUCAUCCUCUGUCUGUUGAUUGCGGUCUUCACCGAAUGCACCAGUAAUGUGGCCACCACUACGCUCUUCCUGCCCAUCCUGGCCUCCAUGGCACAGGCCAUCUGCCUUCACCCCCUUUAUGUCAUGCUGCCCUGCACCCUGGCCGCCUCCCUGGCUUUCAUGCUUCCCGUGGCCACGCCGCCCAACGCCAUUGUCUUCUCCUUUGGAGGCCUCAAAGUGUCCGAUAUGGCCCGCGCCGGAUUCCUGCUCAAUAUCAUCGGGGUGCUGGCCAUCACGCUGUCCAUCAACAGCUGGAGUAUCCCCAUCUUCCACCUGGACACGUUCCCCUCCUGGGCCCACUCCAACACAAGCCAAUGCCUUCUCAGCCCGUCCAACUCCACCGUACCAGGCCUCUAGCCUCGGCUACCACCUCGCUCUGCUGGGGAAAGCCCACCGGUGCCACUCCUCAGAGCCAGGAGAGGGCGCCUCAAACGCCAAGGCCCGGGCCAGUGGAGAGUCAGCCGGCGCAUGUGCAAUCGUGUAUUCCCGUGUCUGCAAAGAUCGUGUGUGUGCUCUCUCUCUCGGGUACAGAGGAAGAUGCUCGUGUUCCCGUGGGCUGUGCGGGACGCGCGCGUGUGGUAUGGCCUAAGGGCGCCUCGGGGGUUUUAUGCAUGGUGACAGCGCCCACCCUCUGUCUCCCAACUAGGCCUCCAGACCUCUUUGCACUGUAUUUAUUGAAACUCUGGGCUGGAGGCGCCUGGGAGCGGGAACUCCAAGGUUCAUUAAAGACUUUUUCAGUAGA